GGGGUUCCCGGAUGCGGGCGCGCUCGGCGGUUAUAAAGGGCCGGGGGAAGGCGGGAGCGGCCGCAGUUUGAAUCGCGGCGGGUCGGGGUAGGUUGGUGCUGUCGCCCGAGCUCAGUGCGUGCGGGACGCUCUCUGCCUCAGUCUACCACCCACCUUCGCGGCGCUGCGCUCCGGUUCGCUAUGGCUGGCGGGAAAGCUGGGAAGGACUCCGGGAAGACUAAGACCAAAGCAGUGUCCCGUUCCCAGCGGGCUGGAUUGCAGGUGAGCAGGGGCUGGGGGGUGGGUGAGGUGAAGUCAGGCAGGUCUUCCAUCUGUUGGUUGGUUGUACUUCGUGGAACCUUUGCACUCUGUGUCUGCCAGUUGUCCCAAGUGGUGUAAGGAUCUUAAGCCAGACAUGGCUUUAGACCUUCUCGCAUAUCUGUGCAGGAGGCAAAAUAAUAACCGUGUGGCUGUUGCUGCUGCUUGUGCUGCAAAUUGUGAAGUUGCUGAUGUAAGUGUGAAAUGCCCUGUCCUUAAUUGGAUUCUCAAGUUAAACACAGCCUCUGCAUCUGCCACUGGGACUUCGCAGCCCAGGAUGUGGUUUUGUGCAGUGGCUUUCUGCUGUCGUAGCCUGUUCAUACUUCUGGUUUUUUUCCAGUUCCCUGUUGGCCGCAUCCACAGGCACCUGAAGUCUAGGACGACCAGCCAUGGACGUGUGGGAGCCACAGCUGCUGUGUAUAGUGCUGCAAUCCUGGAGUACUUGACAGCUGAGGUCCUUGAGCUGGCGGGAAAUGCAUCCAAAGACUUGAAGGUGAAACGUAUCACUCCCCGUCACUUGCAGCUUGCCAUUAGAGGAGAUGAAGAGUUGGAUUCUCUGAUCAAGGCAACAAUUGCUGGUGGUGGUGUAAUACCACAUAUCCACAAGUCUCUCAUUGGCAAGAAAGGACAACAGAAGACUGUCUAAAGGAUACCAGGAUUCCUUGUUAUCUCAGGACUCGAAGUACUUAACUUGUCCAGUGUUGGUGAUUCCAGUGGACUGUAUCUGUGAAACACAAUUUUGCCUUUUUUUAACUUUGAGAAGCUAAAGCUCUCUUGAGCUUUCUAACAAACCAAAUUUCUGCAUUGAAGUCUUAACUGUAUUUAAGUGUUACCAUGGCUUCAAAGAAGCUAUUGUGUUUGUAGUGGGUUUUAAUUGAGUUGACUGUUUUCUAGAUUGGUUUGAGUAAGUAAAGGAAAUGUUUGGUUUUGUACAGACGUUUCAUCCACUAGAGUGGAAAUACUCAAUAAAUGUUAUGUCAAGACUGA